AUCAACAGAUUUUCGGGCAGCGCUGCGGCAGUGGCAGCAUUUUUUACUCGUCGUCGCGUUUUUUGGGCUUUCGGGUGUAUUUUUUUGUUUUGAAUUGUUGACACAUCUCCGGGACGUUUCAUCGUUUUGGAUUGUAAUUAGGCGUGCAAGUGGAAAAGAUAAUAAAUCAAAGCCAAUGUGCAGCGUGAGAGUAACGAAAAAAAAAACAAAACAAUCGCAGCGUGAGACUUUGCUUUUUGUUGUCUUUGCUAAGUGAUGCUGCAGCAACAAUAGUAACCAAAGCAUCAAGAACAUCAAUAAGAGCUCCCGCAAAAAUUCGCCGAACCUAAACUUAUUGCAAAACAACAAGAAUUGUCGUAAUACGGUUGUUUUUUCUGCAUUAUUACUUCAUAACAGAGUGUCGCUCUCUCGCUCGCUCCGGAAAAGCUCCGCUUUUGGGGUUCUCUCUCGCUCAGAAAACAGCCAGAACUUUUAAUCAGUCCCAGAAUGCAGUCCAAAGAGCUCGCAUGCGGUGCAAAGUCAAUACCGCUCUAACUGUGCCAGGACCAUGUCGAUGAUUCGGAUACCAACCAGGACUAUGGCGUCAUUUGUAUGCGGUGUGGCUAUUCUGCGACAACUAAGGGAAAGGAAAUGAGGAGCCGCGGCUAAUCCAAGAAUCGCACAGAAAGUAAACAGAAAGCGUUCAUCAGUGGGUCAGUAGCAGCCCGUAAACGAGAUUUUAAACCCAAAAAUUUGUGAGGAUGAUGAGCGCCGGAGGAACCUACAUCUCCACCGCCAGCGUGGAGGUGCCACAAGCUCUGCAAGAUGGCGAGAAGUUCAUUCGAUGGGAUGAUGACUCGGGCACUGGAACACCGGUUACAAUGCGCGUCGAUGCCAAGGGCUUCUUCCUCUACUGGGUCGACCAGAACAACGAGCUGGAUAUCCUUGAUAUAGCCACCAUACGCGACGUUCGCACAGGACAGUACGCUAAGCGACCAAAGGACAACAAGCUGCGCCAGAUUGUGACGCUGGGCCCCCAGGACACGCUCGAGGAGAAGACAGUGACGGUAUGCCACGGCUCGGACUUCGUCAACAUGACGUUCGUCAACUUCUGCUGCACCCGGCGGGACAUAGCCCAGCUCUGGACCGACGGACUCAUCAAGUUGGCCUACAGCUUGGCCCAGCUCAAUGGCUCGGCGAUUAUGUUCCUGCAGAAGGCCCAUACCAAACUGUGUCUCCAGGUGGACAAAAGCGGCCGCAUACCAGUGAAAAACAUCAUAAAACUUUUUGCCCAAAACAAGGAGGAUCGCAAACGUGUCGAGAAGGCGCUGGACGUGACCGGUUUGCCGUCGGGAAAGGUCGAUAGCAUAUCGGUGUCCAAAUUUCAAUUCGAGGACUUUUACAAUUUGUACAAAUAUCUCACGCAGCGUUCGGAGGUGGAACGCCUCUUUGACAGCAUCGUUGGCAACUCGAAGCGCAAGUGCAUGUCCAUCGCUCAACUGGUGGAGUUCCUGAACAAGACACAGCGUGAUCCCCGCCUGAACGAGAUCCUCUACCCUUAUGCGAAUCCCGCCCGCGCCAAGGAGCUCAUCCAGCAAUAUGAGCCCAACAAGUUCAAUGCGCAAAAGGGCCAACUCAGCCUGGAUGGCUUUUUGAGGUACUUAAUGGGCGACGACAAUCCCAUCAUGGCGCCCAGCAAGCUCGAUCUCUGCGAUGACAUGGACCAGCCGAUGUCGCACUACUUCAUCAACUCCUCGCAUAACACCUACUUGACGGGACACCAGCUGACCGGCAAGUCGUCCGUCGAGAUUUACAGGCAGUGUCUCCUGGCGGGAUGCAGAUGCGUUGAGCUCGACUUCUGGAACGGACGCACCGAGGAGCCAGUCAUUGUCCACGGCUAUACGUUCGUGCCCGAGAUAUUUGCCAAGGACGUGCUGGAGGCCAUCGCAGAGAGUGCAUUUAAAACAUCCGAAUACCCUGUGAUAUUGAGCUUUGAGAAUCACUGCAACCCUAGGCAACAGGCGAAAAUUGCCAACUAUUGUCGCGAAAUAUUUGGCGAUAUGCUGCUCGAUAAGCCUCUGGACUCUCAUCCGCUGGAGCCGAACAUGGACUUGCCACCGCCGGCGAUGCUGCGCCGCAAGAUUAUAAUCAAGAACAAGAAGAAGCAUCACCACCACCAUCACCAUCAUCACCACAAAAAGCCAGCGCAGGUGGGCACGCCGGCAGCCAACAACAAACUGACUACAGCGAAUUCAGUGGAUGCCAAGGCGGCGCAACAAGUCGGUUUGUCGGCCUCGCAUGAGGAUGGGGGCGUGACCAGGAGCACCGCCAACGGUGACGUUGCCACUGGAACAGGAACCGGAAGUGCUGCUGGGACAGCAGGACACGCGCCGCCGUUGCAACAAAUCCGCCAAAGCUCCAAAGACAGCACUGGAUCCUCCGAUUCGGACAGCUCUUCGGAGGAUGAAUCCCUGCCUAACACCACGCCCAAUUUGCCCAGCGGCAACGAACCUCCGCCAGAAAAGGCUCAAAAGGAAACGGAGGCGGGAGCAGAGAUUUCAGCUUUGGUCAACUAUGUUCAGCCCAUCCAUUUUAGCUCUUUUGAGAAUGCGGAAAAAAAGAAUCGAUGCUACGAAAUGUCUUCGUUUGAUGAAAAACAGGCGACAACAUUAUUGAAGGAGCGACCGAUUGAAUUUGUGAACUACAACAAACACCAAUUAUCUCGUGUCUAUCCGGCGGGCACUCGCUUUGAUAGCUCCAACUUUAUGCCGCAGUUGUUCUGGAAUGCCGGAUGUCAGCUCGUGGCACUUAACUUCCAAACCCUCGAUCUGGCCAUGCAACUCAACUUGGGGAUCUUUGAGUAUAACGCUCGGUCCGGUUAUCUACUUAAGCCGGAGUUUAUGCGCCGAUCAGAUCGCAGAUUGGAUCCCUUCGCGGAAAGCACUGUGGAUGGCAUCAUAGCAGGCACAGUAUCAAUCACGGUUCUAUCUGGUCAGUUUCUCACGGAUAAGAGGGCGAACACUUUUGUGGAAGUUGAUAUGUACGGUUUGCCAGCGGACACGGUGAGAAAGAAGUUUCGCACCAAGACAGUGCGGGAUAAUGGAAUGAAUCCCCUUUAUGACGAGGAGCCGUUCGUGUUUAAGAAGGUGGUUCUCCCCGAGUUGGCGAGCAUUCGAAUUGCAGCAUAUGAAGAGGGUGGCAAACUCAUUGGUCACCGCGUUUUGCCCGUAAUCGGUCUUUGCCCUGGUUACCGACAUGUGAAUCUCCGAUCUGAAGUGGGUCAACCAAUAGCCCUUGCCUCUCUUUUCCUGUGCGUGGUGGUCAAGGAUUAUGUACCCGAUGAUCUUUCCAAUUUCGCAGAGGCGCUAGCUAACCCUAUUAAAUACCAAAGUGAGCUAGAGAAGCGCGAUAUUCAACUAUCUGUUUUGACCGACGAAGCCGAAGCGCUGGGCAGUGCGGACGAGGAUCUCUCCAAGUCGUUCGUUUUCGUCCAAGUAGGUGGCCAAAAAAAGGAGCUGCGUCCGGUUGAAUCGCUUGCGACUUCGCCGAAGCAUAGGCCGAGCAUCUCGGCCGCCGCAGCAAUGAGUGUUGACGUUACCGUGGAUCGGACCGAUGGCGGAAGGGGAGAAGAUAGCAUCUCUAUUGUAGCACCCUCAAUACAGCAUCAGCACUCUCUAGACCAGUCCGUAAGCACCUCCAUCCGACAGGUGGAGUCCUCGCAGUUUGAUGUCGAUCUUGUGUUGGCGGAGCCGCUGGAAAAGAUAUUGGAUCACAAGUCCGUCAAGGAAAAGCGUCUCGAGAUGGAAAAGAAGCUGGAGUCACUGCGAAAGAAGCAUGACAAGGAAAAGAUUAAGAUCGCCGGCCAGAAAUCCAGUCCGCUAGAGGGCAAGAAGCCGAAGUUUGCCAUCACGAAUAAGCUGGUGAAGCGGCUAAGCAACAAGAGUCUCGAGCCUGGUGUAGAGAUCCCCGCCUGCCCUCUGGAUCUGGGCGAUAGCAGCGAGGAGAGUGCAGCCGCGGAUGCCGGUGAGGACUUAGCCGGUGGGAGCAGCAGUCUGGAUGGCAGAACUCAAGAGUCGCGAUUACGCAGUGCCUGCCGGGAGUACACUUCCCAGUACCGUGAGCUGCAGGAGAAGUACCAUGAGGCAAUUUACAGUGCAGCCGAGAAGGUGCUGAAGACAUCGCAAACUGGGCAAACAAAGCAGUUAAAAGCAUCUCUGGACAAGGUCACUGGAGAGGUUAUGCACCAGCUGCAGGAGGCCCGCCGCAACGAGGUUAAGAAUCUGGCCACCGUGCACCGGGAUCGUGAUGAGCUGAUCAGAAUGAAACGCGAGGUGGCAAGCUCCGUUGUGGAACGUGGCGUAGCUGAACGUGUGCGGCUGAAGCAGACCUUUGACCGGAGAACGGAUGAACUUCAGAAGCAGCACGACUCAGUGCGCAAUGCCCUGGCAGAGCACCGCUCCAAGGCUCGUCAAAUUCUCGACAAGGAGGCAGAAUCGCGAAGCUGUGUAUCCAGCAAUGGCUUCUUGGUCCUCUUCCAUGGACCUCAUCACCAUGGCUGUACGGGCUCCGGCUCGUCAGCCCUUUCAGGCAAUAAUCUCACUCUAAAUCUGGACGCGGGGGCUGCCGGUAGUCAUUCAGCCAUUUCGCCGGCAAAGUCGCACAACAGCAUCGCAGCAGCGGCCGAGAUGAAGACGUAAAUGGGCCACGCCCGUAUAGGUUUUUCUCCCCGCCCAAAUUAUCCCUAGGAUUAAUUGUGGUUCUAAAGUUGUUAGUCUUCAGUAUUUACAGCAGAAACAUAGGAAUGAAAAGUCUUCGUAGUAUAUAAGCAGUGGAGGAGUAGUCCCUAUCCUCCCACACCUAUUUGACGGGAACUGACCUCGAUUAGAUCUUAGGACCUUUGACCCUAGGCAUUGUAAAUCCCACUGCUAAGGGGAAUCCAAGCAAACACGUUUUCUAACUGAACAAACUAGAUGUAAAUCUAUCGCAUGUAUGAUGUACUUGUAGUGUAACUGUUGACGUAUCCGUACUUUACAGUACUUUAUCUGUAUACUGAACGGUGUAUUUCUAUGGUGUUAAUGGAGGUUGAUCCAUCACACUCCCGUCAAACCGUACGGUUUCUUCCUAUUCGAACUUCGCUGAAACUCUGAGUGUCUAAUUAAGCAAGCAAAUGUAACAGAAGCAGAAAAUAAGUAUAAUUUAUUUGUCUAUACGAAGGAGACUGAGUGCUCCAUUUGUCUAAUGCUAAUUGUGGUUGUGUGUAUUUUACAUCAGUUUUAAUCGAUAUAAUUUAUACAAUUAGUUUAAGCCUCUCACACAAACUGUGGAUUGAAUCUCGUGCGCACACAAGGCGGAUGCUAGAGCGGAUGCCAAAGCACAAGUCUAGGCCAACAAUUAGUCAUUUAUUUCUCGGUUGGUUGCUAUUUAUUCUUGAUUUAGUCACUAUUCUUACGUUUACCUAGUCGUUACAAAGCUCCAAUAAAAUUCUAUACGGAUUGUUUUUCCCCACUUAUACCUACACAUAUUUUACUUUAUUCCCAAUUUAAUUCGGUCCAAUGCAUACACACACACGCACAGACGGCGUCGCACAUAACCUACAACACCAAAAAUAACAAAAUACGAUCGGCGAUUUUGCAGUUUGCGGGAGCUAACAUACCGAUCCGGGUUACCCUGAAAUUGUCGACUUGUGCCACAUUCUCAAGACAAUCAAACAAUAAAAUAUGCAAAUUUAUUGAGUGUAUUUAACCUAUGUUGUAGACAAGACACCACUCCUUAGGUAAUCAAACAAAAAAUAAAAAAAUAAUCAAAUAAACCUAAGCUGCCUUGUAACAAAAUCCAAAAUUCAAACAUAGCCCACAACAUACAUAUGAGUACGUAAUCUAAACGAACACUAUGAGAGUAAUCAAAACAAUGUUGAAAAUACAUUUCACUGGACGGCAGAACCACCUUAAAUGUUGUAAUUCCCAUAUUUCUUACUCAAGAACCGACUCAUGAUCUUCCUCAAACCGAAAGGACGGGCCGCAGCUCGCUCUGUAUCGCUCACAGUUGGUCCCCUUACUCCCGAUUGAUGUUGUAAUUUUUGAUGUGCGUGUUUCGUAGAUUUCGUAUAACGAACGUUCCACAAGAUACGAUAAUUUCACCUAGCAAACAAGCAAUAUCCAGAGUAUGGUAUCUAGCUGCUGACAGUAUGUACGUGUGUGUUUCUCCGGUUGUCUAUUGUCUAUCUCACUCGGUGUCUAUCUCUGUGUAAUUGUGCAAUUGGCUUAACUUAUCCAAUACAGCAGCAUAAACAUUGUAGCAACUCAGCAGAAAUUUAAAUAGUUUUGGUGUUGUACGUAUGUAAGCAUUUCUCGAUCGACUGUAUAUGCAUCCGUUUCCGUAUCUGUGUGCUGUCGAUGUUAUUUGCUAUCCCUACCUUUAAUGUAGUAUUUGUAUUAUUAUCCGCAGACCAUAUCAUUUGCAUGCCACCCCACCCGCCUCGAAACCCGAUAAACCCACACCAAAAACAGGCUUUAAUCGAUGUUCGUUGUUUGCGUGUGUUUGUUAAACUAAGUUAACGAUAAUGCCAUAAACUUAUACGAAAAUGAAAUUUAAAUUGAAAAGCAAAAUCGGUGUCAAACACCAGAAAACCGAAGGGCAACAUAAGAUUUCAAAGGAAAAUUGAAUUGAGCAGAGCAACUAACGAAUUUGUUGUUGCCUAUAACAAAUAUAGUUAAAUAAAUGUUUAGACUUACCCUAGCAUACAUAUAUCUACAUAAAUAUUGAAGAACCGAACCCAUUGUUGCAAUAAUAUUGCCAAGGCACAUAUAAAAUGUUUACCGAAUCUAAACUCUUGAUGUUAGCAGGAAUCAAAGACAAAGUUUUCUUAAUAUAGUAAAAUGAACCCAAAUUAUUAUGAUACAAUAAUAUUUAAAUGAAUUGUUCCUGUAUUUACAAUAGUCCAACUUCUCGGUAAUGUUUCCAUUUCAACGCCUUUUACAGUUUGAGAAGUUGUGAAUUCUCGCUUUUCCUGUAUCAACAUAAGAUCCACUGCUGCAUAAUUUCAGAAUGAUACCUUCGCAGUUUGACAAGCACUUGGCCAACACGUAGAAAUGUUCUUUGUCGGUCAAAUCUUAAGUCUUGAAGAUUUUUUUUAACUGAUAUCGCGGAAUAAAUUGUGACUCUCACAUCCCGAAUCAGUGAUUCGAUAUUCGCCACUAGAUUUCUAGUCUAAGUAUAUUUUAAACACAACUCUUCACAGACCGCGCUACGAUGGAGUUCAUUAAUUAAUUCAAUGAUUAAUGACAAAAGCAAUCCAAUAAAAUCUAUCCACAUUGUUGUUGUGAUCCACAGAAAACCCGAAAUAAACGUUAAACAAGAAAAAUUAAUUGU